CCCAGAACUGCCUCGCCGGUGCGGUAAGGUCGUUCGCAUUCGGGACCUGCCCAAUAAGAGAGGCGCAAGAACACAGCAAAGCCAGUGCACAUCAACAUCCAAAAUGUCUCUGUCUACUAAACUCACGCUGGACAAGGUGGACGUGAAGGAUAAGCGUGUUAUCAUGAGAGUUGACUUCAACGUUCCAAUGAAAGACAAACACAUCACAAACAACCAGAGGAUUAAGGCGGCCGUCCCCUCCAUUAAGCACUGCUUGGACCACGGGGCGAAGUCUGUGGUGCUGAUGAGCCACCUGGGCCGUCCUGAUGGAAACCCCAUGCCUGAGAAGUACUCCCUGGAGCCGGUGGCCACCGAACUCCGGAGCCUGCUGGGGAAGGACGUCCUGUUCAUGAAGGACUGCGUUGGGGCAGAGGUGGAGAAGGCGUGUGCUAGCCCCGCCCACGGCGCCGUCAUCCUGCUGGAGAACCUGCGCUUCCACGUGGCCGAGGAGGGAAAGGGCAAGGACGCGGCCGGCAACAAGACCAAAGCUUCUCAGGAGCAGAUUGACUCCUUCAGGGCCUCACUGUCCAAGCUGGGCGAUGUCUACAUCAACGACGCCUUCGGCACAGCACACAGAGCGCACAGCUCCAUGGUGGGGGUGAAUCUGUCCCAGAAGGCCGCAGGGUUCCUGAUGAAGAAGGAGCUGGAUUACUUCGCCAUGGCGCUGGAGAAGCCCAAGACUCCCUUCCUCGCCAUCCUCGGGGGGGCGAAGGUGAAAGAUAAGAUCCAGCUGAUCAACAACAUGCUGGACAAGGUGAACGAGAUGAUCAUCGGAGGAGGCAUGGCCUUUACCUUCCUCAAGGUCCUCAACAACAUGGAGAUCGGUAACUCACUGUACGACGAUGAGGGUGCUAAGAUCGUGAAGGACCUGAUGGCGAAAGCAAAGAAGAACGGCGUGAAGAUCAACCUGCCCGUCGACUUCAUCACGGCCGACAAGUUCGACGAGCACGCCACCACCGGCACCGCCACCGUGGCCCAGGGCAUUCCGGCCGGCUGGAUGGGGCUGGACUGUGGUCCAGAGAGCUCUAAGGCUUUCUCUGAGGCAGUGGGUCGGGCGAAGCAGAUCGUGUGGAACGGUCCGGUGGGCGUGUUCGAGUGGGACAACUUCGCCCACGGAACCAAGAACCUGAUGGACAAGGUGGUGGAGGCGACCGCCAAGGGCUGCAUCAGCAUCAUCGGUGGGGGCGACACUGCGACCUGCUGCGCCAAGUGGAACACUGAGGACAAGGUCAGCCACGUCAGCACAGGGGGCGGAGCCAGUCUGGAGCUCCUGGAGGGCAAAGUGCUGCCCGGCGUCGAGGCCCUCAGCAGCGCCUAAGAUGACGGACGUGAGGAGGGUUUCCAUGGAGACGCCCCGAGACGACCCCCCCCCCCCCCCGCUCCUGUCCAGUAUCAUCACGGUGGCCCAAUGGACGAAUCCCCCACUCCCCGAAUCCCCCUGUAUUACAGAGAGAAGCACUUACACAGCUCCCCCAGCACUGCUCCCAUCUGCGCCUCCUCCCCCUCCUGCUGUACUGCCAGGGAGCGCCUCCUCCACCUCCCCGUGCACCUCGCCCUGCUGUGCGUCUGAGGAGCAGCUGCUGCCUCUCCAGUGUAAACGGGGGAAUUUCUCCUUUGCGCUCACCGUCUCACACGUCAGCGUGUUGGCGUGCUAGCGUGUUAGCAUGCUAGCGUGUUUUGGCGUGUUAGCACAUUAGCGUGCUGGCGUGUUGGCGUGUUAGCACGUUAGCGUGUUGGCAUUUUAGCACGUUAGCGUGCUGGCGUGUUGGCACGUUGGCGUGUUAGCACGUUAGCGUGCUGGCGUGUUAGCGUGCGUUCCCAUGCACAGCCUAUGCGGGAGUAGCACAGCUCCUAACGUGAAACUGUCAUGUCCGUGUCGUAACUCACAAGAUUAUGUUUUAUAAUUGUGCCCCCUCCACUGCUUGUGUGUUGGACGUGUACCACAGUGAUCCUUUCGGUUCCCAUGUUCUACCCCCCCCCCCCCCCCUUCAUGAUACUGUAGUGGCUUGUAAGAUAGUUCAACUUCAUGCAGAGUGGUUGAGCUCGGUCACCUGACCCUCGAGUGACGGCUCAGGUAAUAAAAGUCUGUGUAAAAUAUUAAA